CAAACAAGUGAAGGAAAGGGACCACUAACGUAUGAAUCGCUGAGCUUUUGUGGUCUGAAUUACGUGAUGGUUGGUGUUCGAUUCAUUGAGUUUCCAUCAGAAGACUGCUAGAAUGAAAGAUAACAUUUGCACGAGAUGCCUAAAGGUUGGAGUGAUUCUGGAUCAGGCGAAGGUGGCGGCAGUAGUCAAGGAAAACCCUUGAAGAGAGGACCUUGGACAUCAAACGAAGACGCGAUUCUGUCGGAAUAUGUUAAAAAACACGGGGAGGGAAACUGGAAUGCUGUUCAAAAGCACUUUGGACUCUCUCGAUGCGGGAAAAGCUGCCGCCUCCGUUGGGUAAAUCAUCUGAGACUAGAUUUGAGGAAAGGUGCCUUUACCUGUGAAGAAGAACGUCGCGUCAUUGAACUCCAUGCUCUUAUGGGUAAUAAAUGGGCGUGCAUGGCGACAGAGCUGCCCGGGCGAACAGACAAUGAGAUAAAAAAUUUCUGGAACACGAGACUCAAGAGAAUGCAACGAGCUGGCUUACCGAUUUACCCCGACAAUAUUCGCCAGGAGGUGUUGAAUGCAGCUCAAAGUGAUGAAAAUACAGACGAAUUGGCUAGUGACGAUGCUCAAGGCCGAGGUCCUUUGAGGUCAGAUGGUACUUUUGAGAUCCCGGAAAUAGUAUUUAAGAAGUUAGAGCUCAAUCCAAAUAAUUUAUCCUACCCAUCGAUGUUCCCGAGAGAGGGUAACAUGUCACCUGUAUCAUUCAACUUCGUACCGCCAAGAUCCAUACCGAACUUGCAAUUCUCCCGGUAACUGGAAACUCCGUUUUCUGGAACGAUUGACGACCCCGAGAUACAUUUCUAUAAAGAUCCUUAUGAGACGACGAGAGAGGAUCCCUUUUGGAUGAACGUCUCCUACCCUUAUUCUCUCAGCACCCUGGAACAGUCGCCCUGGUUUAACGUUCCACCCGAUAGCCACCUGCAUGGCAAUGCUGCCUAUCCUUCUUCUUCUUCUUCUGAACCCCUUGCAGACGGGGGCCAGAAGUGGGAGCUCCCUUCACUCCAAUAUGUCGACGAUGGUCAAGACACUGGCUUUUGGGAAGCCGAUGCUUCCACCCUGAUGCUGCCUCUUGAGUCAGUCGACACUUUGAUCCAAUCCCCUCUGACAGGUAAGACUCUGUCAGAUUGUCCGUCAUUACAGAACAAUGGCCUGUUAGAGUCGGUUCUCUAUCAAUCACAGAUGUUGGGCAGUUACACGAAACCCUGGAUUCAUUGGGGUUGAGACAUGAGACAGAUAUGGAUUCCGUUUCUCCAUUGCUUCAGUCCUCUUCAUCAGCUAUCACUCAGCUUACUCCCAUCAGUGCAAGCUCAUCAGGUCAGUCUUUUGGAAUGGAGAAAGCCAAACCUAUGAACACUGAAACGUUCAGAACAUUGUAGCGACGGCUGAAAAAUACGUUCUGUAUUCGGGUUUUAACACGGGUCGUUCUGUUCUUUCUCUGUUUACAGGAUACAACUCCGGGCUCGAACAGGACACGACAAAUCUGCAGGAAGAAUCGAACAAAAGACACAAAUCCUUUCAUGGAGACAUGGUAAGUGAACUUCUGGACGGCGAUAUGAAACAUACCUAUGGCUACUAAGCAGAAGAUGAAGAAGACAUGAAUGAGCUUUCCGAAACUCGCGAGAUCAAGACCAGAGGAAGAGGUUCCACUUGAGGUUCAUGAAUCUUGGGUGGGGUCGAUUCAUUUUUUUCAGUCACCUUGUUUGUUCCAUGGAGACAUUUUUGUCUAAAUAUUACAGUUCUCUGCUUAUGGUUUUACAAGAAUGCUUCUUCUGUGUUAUUCUGUGAUUAAGUAUAUAAUUUAUACC